AUGGCACGUGUAACUCAUCAGAAAUCUGCCAAGCAGAAUGGCGCUUCAGGUUCUACCAGAGGAGGUCAGAUAGCGAAACAGCGCAACAACAAGAAACAGAAAGUCGUGGUGCAAAGCAGUGCCCAAGGCCAGAAUGGCCCCAGCAGCGUGCUCUCGUUCCACACCGAGCCACCUCCAGGAUAUACCUUCAUACCCGCUGGCAACCCUCAGCUCACGAAUGCGCUCAAAGAAUUUGCAAAGAAGGAGAAUCACAAGAUCUUCUCAGUUUCAACCACACCUCAUGCCACCCGCCAUGAACUCUCUCGCGAAGUCCACCGUAUUGGCUUUCAUUUCCCUACUUCUGUUGUCGCACAGGUAUGCAAUCACUAUGGCAUCCGCUUGACCCGAGAUGGGCGAUUGAUCGAUGAGGACAAAUCCGACAACCUUUUUAUGAAGGUGUAUCAGAAAGGCCAGCUCGUACUCGAUGAAAAGGUCCAAGAUCAAGUGACCAUCAACACUGAGGCCAAAGAAACCAUCAAAGAUUUGUUCCCCAAUAUCCCGGAUAAGGACCUGUUUAAAAUCAUCAAGACCGCAUUUCAGCUUGGUGACGGCAAGGUUGGUACCGCUGAUGAGAUCCCCCUUCACCGCAGAGCAACGCUGUCUGUAGUCGCGCACAUCCGCCACUGCUACACUGAAUAUGACCGACUCUUGCGGAGAAUGCCCUAUAACAAUGCCCGGCAUGAGGUUGAAGGAGAAACCCUGAAAAUCCUUGUCGAGUGGAGGGGUGACGGCAAAGCCGCUGAAGGCGCCAUCAACGAUAUCCUAGACGAUGUAAUUGUUAUCUCGGACGAAGAGGCGAGCGACCCGGAGCCUGAAGGUGUUCAGCAAGUCCGUCACGACGAUCUGAGAGUAGAGGAGCUUGAUGGCAAUGCCUACUGGCCGGCCCAAGCCCGCCCCAUAUCUCCAGCACGUGCCCCUCUUGGAGAAGUCCAUUCGGGAUACCGUUAUCUGCCUCAGGCCGUGCAGCCGUACCGGCUCUCUGAAGCUGAGAUUGCCGCCCGCGAACGCAAUCGCGCUGCCAGAUGGGAGCGAGCCCAACAAGAAUAUCGCCUCGGAAUGUCCCAAGCCGGGCCCUCAUACCAGAGAGUACUUAUCCGCGAACCGUCUCCUGUGCGCCGUCUGAUACCUAUUGAUGAACCACUACCAGGCAGAGCCAUUGAGCGCGAUCAUCAUGGAUCCAUGCUCCAUCGCCCGCAUGAAGUCGAGGUAGGCUUUCAUCCAGCCAGCGUUCCCGAAAUGCUUGCCGGAAUCCACAUCCCCGUUGCGUUCCAGUCUGACGGGUCUGACCUUGUACAGGUACUCUCUCGACCAGAGUCUCCCAUGUAUCCGCGCCCUGCCGGAGUCAGGUACGAAAGGAUGGUGGAUGAUUUCAGACCUCCCCCUCCAGCCUUUCAGCCACAGUCCAGACCACCCACGCCUUCUGGAGGCAGGUAUCGUCGACGCUCUGCAAGUCCUAGCGGAGGUGAUGAAAACAUUGUCCCUUCUAUUGAAGGACCGAAUGGUGGUUAUUCGCCAAGUAUUGCACGCCAAAACGAGGUUGCUCGAGCACGGAAUCAGCAAGUCGCCGCAGGUUAUCGCGAUAGACGUGAACAGCCAGAUCGCAGAGGCAGCCCGGUCAACUUCAACAACGCCGAUGACACCAGAUACCGCCGGACUGAAGGUGAGCUGGCCAACACCAAUCCUUUUCACAGCACUCUUGACCGGCCGAGAGUGUUUCGAGACCUGUCUCCACGAGUUUCAGAAGCCGGAACUCGUCCUUUGGACCCGCAAGCAAGCGCCCGGCGCAUUAUCUUAGCAGCAGAUGAUUUGAGAUAUGACCACAUACGCAGUCAACAUCCACCUCGGCUCAAUCCUUUCCAGGAUCGUAACGCUCAAGAAGUGCGUCGCUUGGAGCCAUUGCCACCGCCAGCGCCCUUCGAGAUACUGCGGCGACCGAACCCGGAGACUCCUCCCAGACGGAUAUUGGAGCCAAUUCCGGCCGACGACCCUUAUUCGGAUGCUGGACCUCAAAGAUACCGAGAAUACGUUCCUGCACCAGAGCCUUACUAUACCUCUGCUCCUCCAUCCACAUAUACACCGGCCGAGCGACGCGUGGUUUAUGCUAAUCCACCCGAGGACUACGUUAUCGAGCGCCGUCACGGCAAUGGCAUGAAUAACGUCAUGCCUGUUUUUCCACCUUCAGUCCCAGCUAACGGCUUUGCCAGAUAUGAGCCGCUACCAGGAACGAACUACACGCGCCGCUAG